AAGCAUAUUUUCACCCUCGAAUUGCAACAACCCUGCUGAGUGACAAAGGUUUCCAAGAAAUUAGCAUUUUUCAUUGUGCGAAUCACCCCAAUUCCUCCGCUGUUCAUUUUCAACGAAUUAUACCGUUAAAACGAGAAGUUCAAGGUAGCUACCUGCGUUUCUGUUCGGUCCCCACUCGUCCUCAGUGCUUGUACAAUGUGAACUUUUACAUAUGGUGUUUAGAUUCCGCGUAGGCUGUUUAACGUGGUAUCACGUUCAGUGUACAUGUAAUAUAUCUGCCACAUCCGUCAAUCAUAAAUCGAAAUUCGAGCCAUGGUUGAAAAUAAUGACCUGAAAAGUGAAAGUAUCAUGAAUUUGGCAAACGUCAAAUUAAUUACAGAAGGGAAAAAAUUAUUGGAUGAAACUACUCUCAGCAUACAACUGGAAAUAAAAACAAGUUUCGAGCAUCUAAUUGGUGUGUUGAAAUCAAGAGAAAAGCAGCUUUUGCGUCAGGUGGAAGCCGUUCAUGUGCAACAGCUUUCGUUGAUACAGUCGAAUCUGGAUUUAGUAUCGUGUAAGCCUUUAGUUAACAUAGAUUUAAGUUCGAGGUAUGAUAUUGAGUCGCAAAUAUUGCACUUGGGAAAGUUAAAAGUAUUUGGGAAAAAUUGUAUGUCUGUAAAAGAUACAGAGCCGUAUAAAGUUCAGGAAUAUCAAGACGCAGACAAGGAUCACGAAAGUUUCAACAAAUCAAUUAAAUCUGAUGAUAAUAUUAGGGAGGUAGUUGAAAGACAGAAUGAAUUAGAAGCAAAUGUUUCAACAUGUGACGAAAAUACUCAAACUUGUAACAAUAGCAUGCUCAACUGUUCAUGUCACUCAAGUCUGAACUCAAGCUCAGGAAGUGAGAAUAAGUCAAACGAGGAGUUUAGUAUUUUGUCUAUGUCAAAUUGUACAGUGAUUGAUAAGCAUUUAUUUCUCUUAAACAACGAAUCUUCGCCUGAGGCAGGGUCAACUGAACCAAAUAGCUCGUUAGAUUUAACAAAUGAAAACUCAGAAAUAGAUUCGCCUAAAGAUUUAGUGAGCUCUGGAGACUCAAAAGAAUCAUAUUCAAAGAAUGUCACAUGUGACGACGUUACAAAUAUUAAUUUUUACAAGGAUGUUAAUGCAAAUAAAGAACAAGGUUUUUCAUCCAAACAAUCAGCAACGUCAUGUGAGCCUGACAGAAGUAGACAGAUUAGAAGAGAUAGCGGUGAACAUCCGAAGCAAAUACAACAAUGGUUGCAACAAAUUUUAGUUGAAACUGAAACUGAACCAAUGGUACAUGAAAUUGAACAAUUUUCUGAAAUUUCUAAAGCAAGAUUGUCUGGUCAGUUUCCGUUAGAGACUUGAAAGGAACUGAUGCCACUUUCAACCCUGCUAUUUUAAGGAUUUGCCCUUGCGUUCAAACGAUAAUUAAGAAAUUAAGUUUUUUGAAUUCCGAUAAACGAGGGCCAAAGUUUCCACGGAUAUGGGAAGUAAACCAAAAGUCUGAUUUUCUAUCGCUACUACUUAAAUGAUGUACUCUAAUUUAUUUAUUUCUUACGUUAUUUAUAUUUACCAUAUUUAUAAUAGGUACUUGUCAUUUCCUUGUGAUGUACUUCUCAAUUUUGUGCUUUUCUUUCUAUGUGUCAAAUGAACGUCUACAUGUAUAAGAAAA